AUGGCCGCGUGGUCGCUGACGAGGAUCGCGGCCGCGGGCAUCGGCCUGCAGGCGGCGCUGUUGCGCGGCCUCGGCGGCGCCGCCCUGGGCGCCGGCGGCGCCGCGGCGGCCGCCGCGGGGCCGGUGCUGUCGGCCGGCGCGCGGGCGGUCGCGGCGCCGAUGGGCGCCGUCGGGCGCGAUCUGCGAAACAUGGUGCUUGGGCUCCCGCCUGGAAACCAUCAAUCAGAAACCGAGGGCGGAGACGCGCCCCCAAAGACACGCUGGGUGGCGCCAGAUUUUGAGGCAGACGAGUGGGCGCAGGGCCCGGAUGGCAGCUACGCGUUUGCCGCCGCCGCCGCCGGCUUUGGCGGCGCCCGGCCUGUCGAGUUUCUGGCGGCGGCGUCGCUGGAUCUGGUGCGGCGCCUGCGCGCGUGCCUUGACCAGUCCGCAGACCGCGUCGAGUCGCUGCGCCGCUGCAAGCCGCGCGAGGCAGGCGGCGCCACCGCCCGCAGCGGCGGCGGCGACGGCCGCGGUGCGCAGGGGGCGCGCGGCGCGGGCGUGGACGCCGCGGCGGGUGGAAACGUUCCGCCGGCCGUGGUGGUGCGGGCAGAGGCGGCGGAAGUCGAAGAGGUGGUGGAUCUCUUAGAGGGAGAUCUGCGGGAGGCGCUGCAGCUGCUGGACGCGCUUUCGGGCGCCGUCGACGGCAUCCAGCGCGGCGGCGGCGCCGCUUGGGGCGCGGGCGGCGCCGCCGGCGGCGGCGGGGGCUGGUCCUGUGGGGUGGCGAGUGGCGGCGGCGGCGGCGACGCGGGGGUGCCGUGGUGGGAGCGGUGGCUCGCGGCGCUGGUGCGCGUCGGCGCGGUGGUUUGGGCGUCGCUGGUGCUGCUGGUGCCGACUGCCUCCUUUGUGCGGGAACUGGUGCUCCAGCCGAGGGAGGCGGUUGCCGCGGCCGCGGCGGCGGCAAAGGCCGCGACCGAAACGGCCGCACAGGUGGUGGUUGGCGUCAAUCCAGGCGGCGCCGGGGGCCAGCAGGAGGAGCCCCCCUGCGCGGCGGUGCGCGAGGGGCUCGGCGAGGAAGACGAGCGGGCGCUGCUGCGCGCGGCGGGCGGCCUGGGGGGCGGCGUUUUGCUGCUGCUGCUGGCGAGCAAGGUCUUUGGGCGCGGCGGGGGCGGCGGCGGUUACGGCGGUUACGGCGGCCGCGACAGGAGGCGCGGCCGCAGGCGCGGUUGGGGGCGGCGCAAGGGACCGGUGGGGAUUGCGCCGGAUGUGCGGGGCGACUACGUCCACCACUACGGUGAUUUGAUAGUGGGGCCCGCGGGGGUGGUGGGCGCCAGCGCGCAUGGCGCGAGGUGA